CGAAGUUGUGUGCGACAGUAACGUGGAGAUCUGUUUUUAUUAAGUCAGUAAGUCCAAAAUCACUCGUUUUUAUUCAAAUGGCUGCUAAAAGCCAAAUAUGCUCAAUAUGGCUUGGAUCCGAAACUGGAAUAUUAAAAGGGGUGAGUUUAACCAAAAAGCAGGCGUUUAAUUUUUGUGAGAUGAGCUGCUUGAGUCGAGAUCAGGAGGUUUGUGUGAUGGCAUGGGGAGACCCUCACGAAUCAGAGGUGUUAGUGGGCAGCGUGAACGGCACUGUGAAAACUUUCAGCACAGAUAAGGGAAUCUUCACUGCCACCAGAGAGUGUGGAGAUCAUUCACAGGGCAGAUUCACAGGACUGGCUGUCACUGACAGUUCUAUGAUUACAUGUGUGGAGUCAGGACUGCUGAAGGUGUGGAAGGAAGGCAGUACAGAAACAGUUGAGGUAAAUGUUGGAAAUGAAAUUUGCAGAAUGCGACAGAACCCAUCACAGCGCCAUCAUGUGGCUACAGGGGGUAAAGAGAACCCGCUGAAAGUCUGGGAUCUGGAAAGACCAGAUAAGCCCAUAUUCACAGCCAAAAAUGUAGCCCAUGACUGGUUGGAUAUGCGAGUGCCCGUGUGGGUGAGAGACAUUGGCUUUAUCCCAGACUCAGAUAAAAUAGUCACAUGCACCGGACAUCAUCAGGUGCGCGUGUAUGACCCAUCGACGCCUCAGAGAAGACCGGUGUUGGAGGCUCAGUUUGGAGAGUACCCGCUCACAGCGCUCUCUCUUCCUGCCAGCCAGGACACAGUGGUCGUGGGCAACACUCACGGGGAGCUCGCCAUCCUUGACCUCCGGAAAGGGCUUGUGCGUGGGUGUCUUAAGGGUCUGGCGGGGGCAGUGCGGGGGUUGCAGUGCCAUCCUUCCCUCCCAUUGGUGGCCUCUUGUGGUUUAGAUCGUUUUCUGAGAGUACACAGCCUGGAGGACCGUUCCUUACAGCACAAGGUAUAUCUGAAGUCACGACUCAGUUGUGUGCUGCUGUCUAGCAGAGAGCUGGAGUCAAGUGCUGAUUUAAGUGGAGAUGUAGAAGAGGUGAAAGCAGAGGAAGAGAAGGAUGAGGUUUGGGAUAACAUGGAAACAGUGACGGAGAAGACAAAAAAGAGAGCCGCCCAGAAAGACGAAGCGUCUGUUACAGGAGUAGAUGGAAAGAAAAGAAAACUAGUUAAAAAGUGAUGUAAAGUCACUUCUAAUAGACAUUUUUAUCAUUUUAUAAACAGCUUGUCAUGUCAUGUGUAAAACUGUAUCAGCAGUGGCAAAGAACCGUGACCAUGUUUGAUAUGAACAUAGAGAUGAACUCAAAAGUUUACAUACACUUUGCAGAACCUACAAAAUGUUAAUUAUUUUACCAAAACAAGAGGGAUCAUACAAUAUGCAAGUUAUUUUUUUUUUUAAUUAAGUACUGACCUGAAGAAGAUAUAUUCACAUAAAAGACAUUUAUAUAUAGUCUACAAGAGAAAAUAAUAGGUGAAAUUUUUAAUUUGAAGAUCAGGGUAAAUUUAACUUACUUUGUCUUCUGGGGAACAUGUAAAUAUGUUCUGUAGCUUCUGAAGGGCAGUACUAAAUGGAAAAAAAUAUGAUAUUUAGGCAAAAUAAGAAAAAUGCACAUAUUCAUUCCGUUCAAAAGUUUUCACCCCCCGGCUCUUAAUGCAUUGUGUUUCCUUCCAAAGCAUCAGUGAGUGUUUGAACCUCCUGUAAUAGUUGCGUAUGAGUCCCUCAGUUGUCCUCAGUGUGAAAAAGAUGGAUCUCAAAAUCAUACAGUCAUUGUUGGAAAGGGUUCAAGUACACAAAAUGCUGAAGAACUGUGGGCAGUUUAACUGUUCAGGACAAACAAGGGACUCAUAAACAACUAUCACUAAACAAAAAACAGUAUUAAGAAUCAAGUGUAUGUAAACUUUUAAACAGGGUAAUUUUUAUAAAUUCAACACCUAUUUUUCUUGUAGACUGUGUAAAUGUCUUUUAUGUGAAAUAUCUUAUUCAUGUCAGUACUGAAAACAACAAGCAUUUUGUAUGAUCCCUCUUAAAUAAUGAACAUUUUGUAGAUUCCGCAAGGUGUGUGUAAACUUUUGACUUCAACUGUAUAAUAAUAGGUAAAAUUCAUUAUUUUGGCCCAUGAAGUGAAUUUGAACAUGGAAUGUAAUAUUUAUAUUACAUGUGAAAUGUAUAAAAAUGUUAAAAACUCUUCUUAACUGGAACAAUUAACCAGUUUGUUAAAAAAAAACACAGUUUGUCUUAUUAAUAACUGUAUUUAUGUGUUAAACAAGAAGAACAGUCUGUUUAUUAUAAUCACAGAAUCUUUCAGAAAUAUCUUAGUUUUCUGACAUGUGGAGCUUUGCUCCUAUUUCAAAUUAUUAGGUUCUGUUUCAUUUGAAAAUGUACUCUACAAUACUACUUUAUAUGAAAUUAAAUUCUUUCCCAAGGCCUA